CGCCACUAAACCCCCAAUUCGAAAAUUUUCUUCCCUGGUGCAAGAAUCAAGAUUCACCCACUGCAAUGCCGAGUUGAAAUUUUUUUAUUCGACGCGAAACCGCCAGCCAGUACAAGCCAACGAAACAUUCCAAUCGAACGCCCUUUAUCGCGUGGAGUGCAGCUGGUGUUCGUGAAGAAAUUGGUUGCUUUCCCCCAUUUCAAUUCUAUCCUCAUUUUGCUGUUCUUCUUCUUCUUCUUCUGUUACUCUCUCUCUCAAAGGAUUCCUCAUUCUGCGCUAUCUUCGGAAUUCUUCCAGAUUUGCAGUUUGAGCUCGCUACUGUUCUUCGUUUCGAUUUUUUUUUUUUUUUUUUUUUUUUUUAAGUUUCUGUUUAGGGUAAACGACAUUUGAACUUUCGGUAUUUGGGGAUUUUUUUUGCUGCUCGUUUUAGCUCUCCAAUUUUGGCUUGGUGGUUAAGAUUCUUUAAUUUAUUCAUUCUUCGUUUCUUCGAAACUGCUUUAUUCGUCGAUGGGAUUUUAAUCAUUUGAUCGAGUGUUGAAGAAACAUGAGAUCUGUGGCUUCUUAUUUUCUACUUCUUCUGCUCAAUUUAGGGCUUCUUCUCGUCGACUGCAGUCUCUUCCCCAGAGACGAAAUUAAUGCUUUGAUUUCAUUCAAACGAGCUAUUAUCGAAGAUCCGACAAUGGUGCUGUCCGAUUGGGAUCCUGUCGAUCCAGAGCCUUGUGGAUGGUCUGGAAUUGGCUGUUCGGUAAAUGGAGAUUAUGUUGUAAAGAUGAACAUUUCCGGGGAGUCUUUGAAGGGUUUCAUUGCGCCGGAGCUGAGCCGUCUCUCAAAUUUGCAAGAAUUGAUUUUGCACGGUAAUUUGUUGAUAGGCACAAUCCCGAAGGAAAUUGGGACGUUGAAAAGCCUUAGAGUAUUGGAUUUGAGCUCAAACCAGCUGACGGGACCGAUCCCUCCCGAGAUCGGGAACUUGAGCAGCAUUGUGAAAAUUAAUCUUGAAUCGAAUGGGUUGACUGGAAGGUUGCCGUCCGAGCUCGGGAAUUUGAAAAGCCUUCAGGAGCUUCGUCUCGACAGGAAUAGGCUGAUUGGGAUGAUGCCUGCUGCGAACAGCUCGGAUUAUCCUUCGAACAUGGAUGGAAUGUAUUCUUCGACCGGAAAUCUCAUGGGCAUUUGUCGACUUUCCCAACUAAAAGUUGCCGAUUUCUCAUUCAACUUUUUGGUCGGAAGCAUUCCCAAGUGCUUGGGCUAUCUUCCGAGAUCGAGUUUUCAGGGCAAUUGCCUUCGAGAAAAAGACGUUCGGCAGCGUUCAGCUACGCAAUGCGUUUCUGUGCCGUCCGCGAAAGCUCACUCCGAGAUCAACGCAAAACACAUGCCCGCCGACGACGUUUCGCGGAAUCCGGCCAAUUCUAAUAAACCCCCGUGGCUUUUGGCCUUAGAAAUUACGACGGGACUUCUCGUCGGGGUGGUCUUUCUCGUUGCACUCUUGACGGCUUCAAAGAAGUGGAAGAGAAAUCCUUCGAUCAUUAUCCCGUGGAAGAAGUCCUCGAGCUCGAAGGACUAUAUGGCAAUUCGAGUCGACUCGGAAGUGCUGAAGGACGUCGUGAGAUACGAUCGGGAAGAACUCGAAGUUGCGUGUGAAGAUUUCAGCAACAUCAUCGGAUCCUCUCCCGACAGCUUGGUUUAUAAAGGUACCCUAAAAGGCGGACCCGAGAUUGCCGUGAUAUCACUUUGCAUCAAAGAAGAGAACUGGACUCCAUACCUCGAGCUUUAUUUUCAAAAAGAGGUAGCAGAUUUGGCGAGAUUAGAUCACGUGAACGUCGGAAGAUUGCUCGGGUAUUGCCGAGAGAGCAUUCCGUUCACGAGGAUGUUGGUUUUUGAGUAUGCGUCGAACGGGACGCUCUACGAGCACCUUCACUAUGGCGAAGGAUGCCAAUUCUCUUGGACACGGCGAAUGAAAAUUAUUGUCGGGAUUGCUCGGGGAUUAAAGUACCUUCACACGGAACUCGAGCCCCCGUUUACGAUAUCCGAACUGAACUCUAGUUCUGUUUACUUAACCGACGAUUUUUCUCCGAAGCUUGUCGAUUUCGAAUGCUGGAAGACGAUCAUUUCCCGGUCGGAGAAAAGCUCGGGCACCGUAAGCAAUGAAGGUGCCGACUGCGUACUUCCGAAACACUUGGAAGGGCGAUGUCUUGACAUACAGGGAAACACGUACGCUUUUGGGAUUCUCUUGCUCGAAAUCGUCAGCGGAAGACCUCCGUUUUGCAAGAAUAAAGGAUGCUUGGUCGAAUGGGCGAAGGAAUUCUUGGAGGUGCCGGAAGUUUUGUCGUACGUGGUGGAUCCCGAUCUGAAGCACUUCAGAUACGAAGACCUGAAGUUGAUAUGCGAUGUCGUGAAUCUAUGCCUACAUCCGAGCACGAGCACGAGGAUGUCGGUGAGCAAUAUGUGCGACAUGCUCGAAUGUGGGAUCGAGACGUCGGUAGCUGCCGAGAUUAAGUCGUCGUCUUUGGCUUGGGCUGAGCUCGCGCUGUCCUCGUAGCGAGCCGGGAACGUGUAGGCGCGCUAAUGGUUUUUUUUUUUUUUUGGUACUUGUUAUUUUUCUUUGUGAAUCUCGGCGAUCUCUUGGGAAUGCAGAGGCAACUCUCGAGAUCUUGUAAAUGGCGUUUGAUGUAAGAACAGAAAAUUUGUCGAUGGUGUUUUUGUGCGAUCGCGACCGGUGAAAGUGUGGUUGAUGGUAUUACGCGCUUCA